ACCUGUGCUGGGAAUCAUACGCCCCAUUAAUGUUUAAGUGCUGACUCGUGAAGUUUCUAAUCGAAGUGAAAAAGAAAUAAUAAAAAGUGAUUGUGAGGGUUACUUGAGGACGUAUAAAGAUCUCCGUUUCUUUAACUUAAGUUCCCAUUUAAUUAUUUCUCCUUUGAAAAGAGGAAGAAAUUAGUAACAAAGUGCACUGUUUUAAUUUACGAAAUUCGAACAGUGAAGUAUGGUGAUACAGAACAUACGAAGGGAGGAAAACAUCCCAGAAAUGAGGCAAUGUAUCCGACACAGAAAGGGGAAAGAAGGACACCAGGCACGAUCAUGCAUGUAACUCGCAUAAAAGGGGACCAAUAACUGGACGACAGACCGCCUACUUUUUCCACGAGAGAGAAAGAGAGAAAAAUAAUAGACAUGGCCACGGAGGAAUACCGGUGGGAUAGAUUCCUCUCCCUUCCCGAGGAGGAACGGAACCGAAGCGAGGAAGUCCUGUUCCUUUGUGAUCCGGACGACAACCUGAGCGUGCCCGUGCACAAGCUCAUGUUCGCCUGCGACCACUGCCUGGAGAGGGAGGAGGUCCUAGGGCUCUGGGGGCAGGGCGUGUGCGACCUCCCCCCGAGUCCCGUGUUCGAUACCUCCAUCUACGUCCUGUACAUCUCCAUCCUGGUGUUCGCGGUGCUGGGGAACUCCAUGGUGGUUUACGUGGUGUGCUCCUCGGCCAAGAUGCGCACCGUCACCAACUACUUCAUCGCGAACCUCGCUGUGGGCGACCUGUUCAUGGCCAUCUUCUGCGUGCCCUUCUCCUUCAUGAGUACCCUCAUCCUUAAGUACUGGCCCUUCGGCGGCGAGCUGUGUGUGGCCGUCAACUACCUCCAGGCCGUGUCCGUGUUCGUGUCGGCCUAUACCCUCGUGGCCAUCAGCCUCGACCGCUACUUCGCCAUCAUCUACCCGCUGCGGCCUCGCAUGACACGCUUCCAGGCCAAGGUCAUCAUCGCCGCCGUGUGGGUGCUCGCCCUGGCCACCACGCUCCCGGUCGCGAUCUACUCCAAGCUGCUGGAGCCUCCCUUGAACUGGUACCGGUACUUCGGCCACCAGGUGUGCACGGAGGACUGGGGGGACAGCGACACCAACAAGGACUCCCGUACGGCCUACAGCGUGGCACUCAUGCUCCUGCAGUAUUCCCUCCCGCUGGCGGUCCUUAUCUUCACGUACUCCAGGAUCGCCGUCGUGGUCUGGGGCAAGAAGAACCUCGGGGAGACGCCGGCCAGGAUGGACAGGAUCGCCAGGAGUAAAAGGAAGAUGAUCAAGAUGAUGGUCACGGUUGUCCUUGUCUAUACCCUGUGUUGGCUCCCUUUCAAUGCUCUGAUGGUUGUACGGGAGGUCCACAACAUCGACGGCUGGGCUUACAUCAGGUACCUGUGGGCCCUGUUCCACUGGCUGGCCAUGUCCCACACCUGCUACAAUCCCGUCAUUCUGUGCUGGAUGAGCAACAAGUUCCGCUCGGGCUUCUGCAACGUGGCCUACAUGCUCCCGUGCCUCCGUAGGUACGUGGACACCUGGUUCUUCUCACAGGAACCGGAGCUCAUCCGCGUCAACACCUACACCAACUACUCAAGGGGAACGAGCUCGAGGCUGGUCACCAUUUCCCUGAAGGACGACACUAUCAUUUUCAAGAGCCGGAACAUGAACGGCCAUAACGGUGCCCCGGCCUACAACUGCCGCAAGUUCCUGCAGAUGCUGGAGGAGACGAGUAGCGAGUCGCCCUUGUGAGACGAGGAGAAGGAGGCGGUGGAGAUGAAGUCGAGAGACCGCCUGUGGGAGAGACGCAAGAUUUACACCGUCGGGGAGAACGUGCCCUUUGGAGACGGGCCGGAGGUUGUUAACACAGAGGACGUGCAGCUGUGGGGGGAUUGUGCGCUAUGAUGGCAGACCCCAUGUUGCAAGAGAGAGACUCCGUGUAGGCAAGGAGACAGGCUAUUCUGGCAAAACCCUCCAUUGCAAAGAGGAAGCACCAUGAGGAAAAUAUCCCAUACUACAACAAUGAUAUAAGGUUGGCUUACGGUGCUCGGAAAACUUAUUUCGAGUUAAGCAUGAUAAAAGAAAGAAAAACUGCGUACAUACUAUCGACAUUCGUGUUUCAAUAUUGCCCCUUGUUACGAAGCAUAAACAGAGGGCAUGGUUAUAUUAUUGAUAAUACGUGAUAGUCGUCCAUUCGCUGAACUCGAAAGAAAGUGAAAGGUCUCGACAGAAGUAUUACCAAUCUUGUGGUCUAUCAUUAAGGCAGUGAUGCCAGAAAAGAGAGAAAGAAAAAAAACAAGGAACAUAUUACUUUGAAGAUACAUGAACACUUAUAAAUACAUUCAACCUGAGUGACGUUACCAAAACAUAAGAUAUCUAAGAAUAGGAAAAAUAAUAGAGAAAACUUGCUCAAGUGUUUUUUUUAUAAAGUGAUAAUCAUAAGCAUACGCACAAACACGCAGACUUAGCAGUUAGCGUUUAUAAAUCUUUCGAACUGUUUUGCAUAUAUAUAAAAACAAAACAAAAAACAAAACAAAAAAAUCACAAUAAAUCAAGGAAAAAAUAUCAAAACAAGGGAAGUGAAAAGAUUUAUAGAAAAUACAAACUUUUCUGUAUUCUAGAAUAUCGCUAUAAUUUCUGUGAAUAAUCGUGACUUUGUUUUGUAGUUCAUAGAAUAAAAAAAUAAAAGAGAACAAAGGAAACGAAAUACAGAAACUAAAAGGAGAAAAAAAUUAAAUAAACUUUUACAUCAACGUAAUUCUAAAUGAAUGUCCAUUUAUAUAUGUGUGUAGUUACAGUUGCCUGUUUCUGUUCUUCCACGUAUCAUCUAUAACGUUUAAAAUAAAGACUUUGUAACUUUUUUGAUGUAAAGUAAAACAAAAAAAUAAAUUGUCCUAUAUA